UUGACUUUUUUCAGGCUACGUGAAGAUCGUUUGAAGCUUUCGACACCUUCACGAUCAACCAUAAAGGUCGGUGAAACUUCGAUUCCUAUAAAGGUUCAAAGAGGAGUGCGACAGGGUGAUCCACUUUCACCUAAGCUGUUUAAAGCUAUACUUGAACAUGUUUUUCGAAAAAUCAGCUGGAACAGCUACGGAUAUUCCAUAAAUGGCAAUCAGCUCACAAAUCUACGCUUUGCCGAUGACAUUGUCCUAAUUGCAAAAUCAGAAGAUGAACUACGGGCGAUGAUAAACGUUUUAGAUAUACACUCACGCAGAAACGGUUUGAAGAUCAAUCCUAUAAAAACCAAAGUACUCGCUCAUACACCUGUUACAAUCAAUCUUGGAGGAACCAGGAUCGAACAAGUGGAGUCAUAUAUCUACCUUGGACAAACCAUUUCACUUUUCCGUAAUUGUAGCAAGGAGAUUUCACGGCGUAUACAGGCUGGAUGGCAGAUUUUCUACCAAUACAGAGAGUUCCUUAUCUCGAAGACAGUGUUGAUGAAGUGGAAGCGGAAACUGUUUAAUUCGUGUAUUCUUCCCGCGAUACUUUAUGGAGCGAAAACAUGGACACUAACGAAGAAGAUGGAGAAACAACUCGGUGCAGCCGGAAGACGUAUAGAACGGAGAAUGGUCGGCAGUCGCUUAAUAGACAAGACGAACUCAUGGUUGCGUGGCGUCACAAAAGUGAAUGAUUUAGUAAUAUGCGCGAAGAAGAGAAAAUGGAUCUAAGC